GAGAGGCGUGAACACAUAUAUAGUCGUAUAUAGUAUAUCUUCAUAAAUUUCAAUUGAAACGAUUGAAUCCAAAUCGAAAUCGGUUGAUUGAUGGAAGCACAAAUGGUUGAUCUUGAGGCACAAUCUUCAUCUCCUAAAUUAGUUUUCAAGAAAGUUGAUCGUCCAGUCGUAUUGAAGUUUCAAGAAGUGGUUUACAAAAUCAAUAUAAAAAACCAAGGAUGUCUGAAGAAGAACAAGAAUGACAAUCCAAUAGAAAAACAAAUACUGAAGGGAGUUACAGGCAUGGUGUUGCCAGGAGAAAUGUUGGCAAUGUUAGGCCCAUCCGGCAGUGGAAAAACAACUCUCGUGACAGCGCUAGGCGGCAGACUAGGCGGCAAACUCGGUGGCACUAUUACCUACAACGGCAAACCGUUUUCAAGUAUAAUCAAAAGGAACACUGGUUUUGUUACCCAAGAUGAUGUUCUGUAUCCUCACUUAACAGUUACUGAAACCCUAGUUUUCACAGCUCUUCUUCGGCUUCCUAAUAGUCUCACUAGUCAACAGAAGAUCGCUAAGGCGGAAGAUGUAAUCGAUCAACUCGGGUUGACAAGAUGCAAAACCAGUAUUGUUGGUGGGCCGGCGUUAAGAGGGAUAUCGGGUGGGGAACGAAAGAGAGUUAGUAUUGGACAAGAAAUGCUUAUAAACCCUAGUUUGUUGUUCUUGGAUGAACCAACAUCAGGGCUUGAUUCGACGACUGCUCAACGAAUUGUUUCAACUUUAUGGGAAUUAGCAAAGGGAGGGCGAACGAUUGUGAUGACAAUUCAUCAACCUUCAAGUCGUCUCUUUUAUAUGUUUCAUAAGGUUUUAUUGCUAUCAGAAGGGAAUCCUUUGUUUUUUGGAAAAGGAUCAGAAGCUAUGUCUUAUUUUAACAGUAUUGGAUUUUCACCGUUAGUUGCUAUGAAUCCUUCAGACUUUUUGCUUGAUCUUGCAAAUGGUAUAUCGCCGGAUGAUUCCAAUCAAGAAGAUCAAGCUACAGUAAAAAGGAAGUUAGUCUCAGCUUAUAAGUUGAAACUAGAUGAUAAUCUGAAAGCUGAAACCCAAGGAUUUGAAGCACAAGCUGAUGAUGCAUUUGAACUCAAGAAGUCAGAACCAUGGAGUACAACUUGGUUGCAACAGUUCACAAUUUUGCUUAAAAGAGGCCUGAAAGAAAGGAGACAUGAAUCUUUUGAUGGUCUCAAGAUUGCUCAAGUUGUAAUAAUUUCAAUUCUUUGCGGUUUGCUAUGGUGGCAGUCGGAUACAGCUCACCUACAAGAUCAGUCAGGAUUGUUGUUUUUCUACACUGGAUUUUGGGGUUUUUUUCCAUUAUUUCAAGCAAUUUUCACUUUCCCUCAAGAACGAGAUAUGCUUACAAAAGAAAGAUCAUCAGGAAUGUAUCGACUCUCAUCUUAUUUCAUGUCAAGAACAAUAGGUGAUCUUCCAAUGGAGCUUGUUCUUCCCACAUUUUUUUGCAUUGUAACCUACUGGAUGUCUGGGCUCAAGCCGAAUUUGGGUAGUUUCUUAUACGCGUUGUGCGCACUUCUAUUAAGUGUGUUGGUCGCUCAAGGGCUAGGACUAGCUCUAGGUGCACUAGUUAUGGACCUCAAAUCAGCAACCACCUUAGGGUCAGUGAUCAUGCUAUCCUUCACAUUGGCGGGUGGAUAUUAUGUCCAACAUGUUCCAGUUUUUAUAUCCUGGAUCAAGUACGUAUCGAUCAGUCUGUAUACUUACAAGCUCUUGUUAGGAUCACAAUACAAGAAGGACCAGACUUAUCAGUGUGGUAACCAAACUUGUUUGGUUGCUGAUUAUCCGGCUAUCAAGAAUAUUGGGCUCGAUGGGCAAUUGGCCUCGUUUGUUGCUUUAGUUAUAAUGCUGGUAUUUUAUCGGAUUGUUGCUUAUGUUGCUCUCAUGAGGAUCGGAGUACCUAAAAAGUGAGUUGAGGUUUUCAUAAUUUGUGGGUCAAAAGAUGACUAAAUUGAGAGAUUCUUCAUGUUGUGUUUUUUUUUUUCUUUUAUUGGGUUUAUCCACCUUAAGAAUAUUGGUACUGCACGGUUUAUUCUUUAGAAUUGACCCUCUUGGAUGUUCGUUUUGCAGAAUUAUAUGGUUAAAUCAUUUCAUA